AUGGAUGUAUUCAGAAUGGUUCAGGCUUUCUAUGAAGGUCAUACUCUCCCAAAAUCAGUAACUCAUACUAAUUUGGUGUUGAUCCCUAAGAAAUUAGAAGUUCACACUUUUGGGGAUCUCAGACCAAUUAGCUUGUGUAACUUCAUAAACAAGGUCAUUUCAAGAGUGGUUCAUGAAAGACUGGAUAAAAUUCUACCAAGUUUGAUCUCUAGCAACCAGUCUAGUUUUGUGAAGGGAAGAAGCAUUAUUGAGAAUGUGUUGCUUACUCAAGAAAUUGUCACAAAAAUUAGAAAAGAGAGAGUAAACACUGCCAAAUGUGGAUGGCUCAAAUGUAAUAGUGAUAGUGCCUCCAGGGGAAAUCCUGGUCCAAGUGCAUCUGCAUUUUGUAGAGCAAAAGCAAUGCAUGAUGGCAUUAUAUUUUGUGUAACACAGCAGCAUUUACCACUAAUUUUGGAGACUGAUUCACUUGGUUUAAUGAAGAUAGUAGAAGGGGAAUGGGAAGUUCCAUGGAGUACUCUUAACAUUGAGCUAUUUACUGAUUUACCAACUGUAGCUAGGAGACUUGAAUAUCAAGGUAGAGGUAUUUCAAGAUCAAGUUUAUCUGCUCUUGAGUCUGUUCCUAAGCAAAUUCUAUCCAAUGUGUAG